AUGGACCUGGCAAUAAGACAGACCUACAGCCCGACGGAACAGAACAGCGAGCCCGAAACAGAUCCACGGGUGAGCGGUCAGCGGGUGCCGGACAACGACGCCAAGAACACACAGCGAGGACAGGGCCUUCUCUUCAACCAAGUGGUCCUGCUGACCUGCAUCCCGCCUGGCCCCGGUUUAAUCCUUGACUCUUUCCAACUGGUAGAAACGUGUGAGAACGUGGACUGUGGACCCGGGAAGAAAUGCCGCAUGAACAGGAAGAACAAACCGCGCUGCGUCUGCGCGCCCGACUGCUCCAACAUCACCUGGAAAGGCCCGGUGUGCGGCCUGGACGGGAAAACCUACCGCAACGAGUGCGCGCUCCUCAAGGCCCGGUGCAAGGAGCAGCCCGAGCUGGAAGUGCAGUACCAGGGCAAGUGCAAAAAGACCUGUCGGGAUGUUUUCUGUCCCGGCAGCUCCACGUGUGUGGUGGACCAGACCAAUAACGCCUACUGUGUGACGUGUAACCGCAUUUGCCCGGAGCCCACCUCCUCUGAGCAGUACCUCUGUGGGAACGAUGGAGUGACCUACUCCAGUGCCUGCCACCUGCGGAAGGCCACCUGCCUGCUGGGCAGGUCCAUUGGCUUAGCCUACGAGGGAAAAUGUAUCAAAGCAAAGUCCUGUGAAGACAUCCAGUGCACUGGCGGGAAAAAGUGUCUGUGGGACUUCAAGGUGGGCCGAGGCCGGUGCUCCCUGUGUGACGAGCUGUGCCCCGACGGCAAGUCCGAGGAGCCUGUCUGCGCCAGCGACAACGCCACCUACGCCAGCGAGUGCGCCAUGAAGGAGGCCGCCUGCUCCUCGGGCGUGUUGCUGGAGGUCAAGCACUCCGGAUCCUGCAACUCCAUUUCGGAAGACACCGAGGAGGAAGAAGAGGAGGAAGAGCAGGACUACAGCUUCCCUAUAUCCUCCAUUCUAGAGUGGUGAACCCCGCCAGCGUUCAGCGCUGGCAUAGCCGCUUGGCAAAAAAAAAAAAAAAAAA